GUCAAGAAUCAAGAUAUUUUUAGGAGAUUAUUUUUUGUAGUCGUCGGUUGAAGACGUGCGAUUCUUCGUUUUAUUGCGUUUGCGUCGUCGCUUUAUCAAAAUAUUAUUAAUUUUAAUAACUGAGGCUUUGAUCAAGCAGAGAAAACAUAAAAUCAACGUAAUUAAAUUACACACUCUAAUUUUCUUUCUCACAACAGUCGGUACAUUCUAAAGCGGAAAAUGGAAAAUAUCAAAACUGGCGAUUCUGUCUUAUUGAUCUGGAACGAUACCAAUGAAAGCGAAAUUGAAAAGAUCUUCAAUGAUAUUCAGAAAAUUACGAACAUCCCUGUGGUUCUCGAAAACUCGGCUAUGAUUACAGAAGGUUCAAGACCCCAUUCCUCAUUCAACGUAAUUUUAUCGAAUUGGUUACCACCUCAUAACAUUGAACACAACGAUAAAUUACUUUCUAUAUUAGUAAAAUUAUUGAAACCCAGUGGUAAAAUACUAUUAAAAGAUAGCAAUGAUAUAAGUUCCAAUCUCAAGCUGAAUGGGUUUGUCAAUGUAACAUCGUCAGAAAAUGUUUAUAUUGGAGAAAAGCCGAAUUUUGAGGUUGGAUCUAAAGCUUCGCUGAAACUAAAUGGAAAACCAGCAGUAUGGAAGUUAGAUGACACAGUAGAGGAGGCAUGGACAAAACCAACUGAUGACGAAACUAUUGAUGCAAACAACUUGCUGGACGAGGAUGAUCUGAAGAAACCUGAUCAAGCAUCUUUGAAAGUGUGUGCGACGACUGGAAAACGCAAGGCGUGUGCCGAUUGUUCGUGUGGACUGGCUGAGGAGUUGAGAGGAGAAACUAAGGACACACCAAAAUCUUCUUGUGGAAGUUGUUACCUCGGCGAUGCUUUCCGCUGUGCUACAUGUCCGUACCUCGGAAUGCCGGCUUUCAAACCUGGUGAAAAGGUCAAACUAGAUCUCAAAUCUGAUAUAUAAACGAACUCCAUGUGAUUAUCUAUAUAUUACUUUUAGUACCUAUUUAAUUUUUGCUUGUGAUGUCUUAUGCAAAUAUAAUGUUAUGUUUAGGAUUA